GCCUCCGGAAGUAGUGUAGCGUGGCGCCGUGCAGUGAUAUAGUGUGCGUGGCUGCGAUGAAUACAUCACUGUGGUGUACAGUAAACACAAACCAUAAACACGCGAGUCAUGACAUACGCAAUCUAUUGAUCCUCUGGGAGUGCACGCUGAUUGGUGGAGAGAGCCGUGAUCCUACGAGGGAGUCGCGUGUGACUGGCCGACGCGACAAUGGGGCGGAGCCAAAGGAACGGCGGGAUAUUUGACUUUGAGCCAGCACGCUUCCCUCUCAGUCAGACCCGGUGGGCUGGGUGGUCUGGUGGAGCUCACAUCCGCCGCCGUCACCGCAAGGAUGUGACCACACUGUGUUGCUUAUCCACGCGCGGCGCUGCCCGACCACAGCAAUAACCUUCCCUUUCUUCUUGGCCUCCUCCUUCAUCCUGCACCGACACAACGAAGCUCACUUCAACACCUCCGUCUUGUGUCCCAGUGAAGGAACCAGCAGUGUCGUGUACAUAUAUUGCUCACUCGUCGUCUCGCAGUUAAUGAUGCAACCCUUGGCAUAUCCUAAGCAUAUCACUCUAGCUCUGCACCUCCCGAGGGCAUUGUGAUACUUAGACGCGGAGCCUGAUGGUGUUGUUGUGAUGCCGCUGUGAGUCUCGACUGUGUCUAAGGACCAUAGUGACCACAGCCGCCGCCAGACCGCGGCUAAUCCUCCCUCCCGCUGCCGAGGGUGACACAUUGUUUGCCUUACUAGAUUUACUUACGCCUUACUAAAGCGAGGCCCGAACGGUCCCACGUGAGUGGCGCGCGUCGCCCCCGCCCGCAGCCCAACACGUGCAUGUACCAGCUGCAUGUGACUGCUGUCUGUCCGGCGGCUUCUGUGAGACGUAGGAAAGGUCAGUGAAGAUCAGUCAUCAAUGAAUGCAUUGCCCGGAUGGCUGACCGGCCCUGCACGACGCUGGCAGCGAAAGUAGAGCACACAAGCAAUGGACCGUUGAUGGCCGGACGUGUCUCUCGCAGGCAGGAAGUGCACGCCCCAAGAUCCGUUUGAGAACACCCCAGCCUCCCUCGCAUGCCUGGCCGGUGACAUUAAGUGUUCCUGUGAGCAAAUGAUAAGGAGAGACAGAAAUGCGAGUGUUGUGUUUUGCAGUGAGGUGCGAACGCGAUGUAACUAAUUGUACAUAAGUGUGUUACUGCACCAUUCCCGGCGGAGGUGACAUUCUGUGUGUGCCCCCUUGAAUAUCGACUGUUUCUUGGCAACACUACGGCCUCAGCUUCAGUCUCACUCACCUCUGGCAGGAGGAUCAUUUUCCUCUCCAUCAGCUCAGAACUCACGCUCCAUCAGGCCAGAACCCACACAUUCACACACUCGCUCCGGAAAUCAGAGCACCGCCGCACACUGCACACUGGCAGGAGAGUUCCGCAACAAACACACCACUGAGAGCUAACUGAGUAACGUUACAUGCUACAGAAUUAGUCUAAAAGUCCUCUCAAUCAUCGAUAGUUGUGGAGGAGAUACACGCGCCCUGGGAACACCGAUAUCGAGGCCACACAGCUGAGCUUCCGAUUCUCCCAUAGGCCUUUCAUGUCCCCCACUCACACCCCCUCUCCCUCAAGUCUUUUGAACACAAGACCUUUUGAUCUUCUGUUGUAAAUAUUGUCUUACGAAGCCACUCACUGCAGGAAAAGCUUCGUCUUAUCUCACUCGUCUAGUUCGUCGCCAGAGUUGUGCCUGAGUGUGGCCUUGAGACUGACUUUUAUACGUAGAUAAAUCGAUCGUCUUCACAAGAAAAAAUUUAGAAAGGUGAUAUCUGAUCCCUAAGUUUGAAUCAGUUAGCAGUAAGCAGUGCCGGGCCACCUGCCUUCCAGAACACCUCAAGCCAGUCCUGCACGUCUCCCCGCCGCUCCGUCUCCGUUCUAAUUUAUUCUGGCGUGACAAUGAAUAAUUAGCAUCUGUUUACCGUCCCUAAUGCCGGCAGGUUACGGCGAGUCCCUCGGUGAAAUUAACAUUAUUGAUCGAGGGUUACAGCAGAGCUAUCUUACAUUCUUUCACGGUAACACGGAACGUUCUGGAUAAGGAAAAAAAGAACGAGUGUCAGGAGAGAAAAGACGAAUGCAAACUAUAUGCUGAUCACUGGCCGGGGAACGAGACGCGCCACGUGCCGUCACAUUCAGACCUGGACAUAGGCAGCUUCAGUAUUUAUUGCGAAAUUACUGAAGGUGAUCCAUAAAUUCUUAGAAAUAGACUGAUUAAUUUGAAACUUAAGCAAAUUAGGUAAAAAAAAUAUUACUAAAAUACAGAUCAGCAUUUUGAAACUUAAGAAGAAAAAUACCUAUAAAUCUUGGAAAAUUGCCAACGGAAAGUGAAAAUAGUGAAGUAAAUUAAAGCUGUUAUACAAGAUCAGGCCUGGAAGUUAGUCUUUACUGGCAGGAGAGGGUCGGCCCUCAGGCAGCCAGGCAGGCACGGAGGCACGCUGCUCCUCAACCCCUCUAAGGCUCCAGUAGCCUGACUUGAACCAUUCAUCCCCUGAAGACCAGCGCGAAUUGCUGCUUUUCUUUCCGCAACUCUCAGCGGAACCUCUUCCAGGGCACUUACGGCCCAGAAGGAGGGAUCCCCCUUCGCUUUCAGCCUGGAAGGCAUCCACACUCGGUCCGACAACCACCACACCCUCGGGACAUAGCGGAGCCGUCCAGUGCAUCCCUCGACCCACUCCCCCCCCACCACUCCCUCUCACCUCUCCGGGCUUUCAAAGUACUUCUUUCCCAACUGGAUUAACGCAUAAUCUUCAGCCAUGGGGGAAGAGGAAGGCGGCGGAGCGGUGGGGUCUCCACGGAUGCGCCUGGCAAUGCUCAGCCAGGUUAAAGGUUACCUGGAAAACCUUAAGGACUCCAUUGACUCUAUCAGGGAUGAGGUGCUAAACAAGAGUCACAGGGCGGCUCAGGACGCGGAGUACCCGGCCUACGGCGUGACAGGACCUAACAAGGAUCUGUCGCCCUCCGGAGACCGCAAGCUCGCUCAGUCCGCCCACAUGUACCACUACCAACAUCAGAAGCAGCAGAUGAUCGCUCUGGAAAAAUCCUCGGGAGGGGAGCGUCACGGGUCCACCUCCGACGUGGACUCCGAGGAAGACGGUGAAGAGAACGAGUACACGGUAUACGAAUGUCCUGGCCUGGCCCCGACUGGAGAGAUGGAGGUGAAGAACCCGCUCUUCCACGAUGACCCGACACCGGCCACGCCCUCCAUCAGGAAGGAAACUGAACAGGACCACGAGGAAGACAAGAGUAACAAGUGAAUGGCAUGAACUGCAAGGCUCAAGCGGCUGACGAGUUUAAUUUAUCCCACGUAAAUAGGAAAAUGAAUGUUACAGCAAAUUAUGAGGCAGAGUGAACUAAAAGAAGUGUCUGGCGUGUAUUGAUGUAACAGAAGACGUAUUGUGAUGUGCAGCAGUGUUGUUGUUGUGUGAGUCGUGUGGGAAGAUGUCAUGACGAAAACAAGCUUGUAAUUGGAUGAAGAAACAUAAACACAACAGGAAAAUAUAUGGAGAGAGUUGUACAUCCUGCUACACAUACACACACAUACAUGAAUACAUGCACAUACACACAUACUCCCAGUGAAUGCCUGUAUAGAUUCCGGAAAAGAUCAACCCGCACAACUCUCGGCUCGCGGCGCAAUGGAUCAGUUUUGCAAGAGGGAAAAAAAAGGAAAACUAAAGUAAUUUUGUGCAAUGUCGGAAAUUUAUCAGUGUCACUCUUCCUUCGCUAAAAACUCAAACCAGACAAGGUAGAGAAAACAAAUAUAUACAAACUAGAAGACAUGUUGAUAAGAGCUUGCGAUCAGUUUCUACGAAUUAUCUACUUUUUACAUUUGCAGAUUCUUUACAUAAGAACAUAAAAAAUAAAGAAAGCUGCAAGAAGCGACCAGGCUUACACGUGGCAGUCCCUGUAUGAAAUAUACCUACCUAUUUCCAUCUAUUAUCCCCAUCCAUAAACCUGUCUAAUCUUCUCUUAAAGCUCUCUAGUGUCCUAGCACUAACAACAUGAUUACUGAGUCCGUUCCACUCAUCUACCACUCUAUUUGAGAGCCAUUUUUUUCCUAUCUCCUUCCUAUUUUUUCCUAUCUCCUUCCUAUCUUCCUUCCUUCUUUGGGAAACAAGAAAAGACCAUUAAUACAGAAAAAGAUCAUUUCUAGAAAAUUCUUUACAUUCGCACCUUCUGAAAUUAUUUAGAUAAAAAAGAAAAGGAAAAGCUGGAAGGAUAUGAUACAAAAGAUGCAUUUCUAGAAGUUCUUUGACCUUUACAUCUAUAGAAAUCCCUUCAGAGAGCAAGAAAAGGAUCGAUAAUGUGGAAGAGAUCAGUUAGCCAGAGUACAGUCACCAGUAAAGAUUAUUCUGUCUUGUAUUUUCUGUUCGUCACUUAACGGAGCAAGUCACGUAGAGCCGCCGGACAUUAAAUUGAUCGCAAACCAUCAGAAGGUCGAUAAAAUGGAUAAAUAAAUACGUAAGACUUUAACGAAAACGCUGCACGGAUCCUGUCAAUUACUAAUAUUGUCACUGUUGCAAAAUGAGGAAGAAUUUGUCUCCAUAUUCUUCUUUUUCCUUCGUUUUCUUUUACAUUACUAAACUUGGCAAACCUUUCAUCGUUUAGUACAAAUGUAGGAUGAAGAUGUUGAAGAUGAAGACGAUGAUGAAUUUAUCAGAGAUUUUGAUAGUGAGUUUAGAUAGAUGGUGUGGCACUUUUGGGGUAGAAAAAUUAUAUAUACAGGUAAGAGCCUCCUCAUCUUACGUAGAUUAAUCCCGUACACGCUACACAAAAUCCACCAUCAUGCCAAACACGAGACAGUAUUAUUACUAGUUCACUUACCACGAGAGGGAAAGCAAAAAAAAAAAAAAAAAGUCAUAUAUAUAUAUAUAUAUAUAUAUAUAUAUAUAUAUAUAUAUAUAUAUAUAUAUAUAUAUAUAUAUAUAUAUAUAUAUAUAUAUAUAUAUAUAUAUAGUAUGUAUAAUAAAAAAAGGUGAAAUAUUUAGAAGUCUAGAAGUCACCAACAGAUCUCUCUUUUCUAUCCACAACACGUACACUCAUAAUAAAGUAAAAUAAUAAUGUCAACAGCCAUUCUGGGUUUCCUGUCGUAACUCUUGAACUGAAAACUUCACUUCACAUCAGCUCCAAUCUUGCAGCAGCGUUCUUGAGUCUCCAUUAACGUUCAGAAGCUCGCUGCUUCCACAAGUUCCCGCAUUUACCACUACACACAUACACGUAGCUCCGGCAGGAUUGUGUCUCCUUAAUGUAAAGAAAUUAAAAGGCAUAUCCUCAUCCCUCCCAUUUAACCCUUUAUAACUGUACCAUCCUCAGAGCUUAACUUCUUAUUUAACCCUAGUCAUAUAGAUCUAUCUCAUUAUGAUAUACUCUUUUUUUUCAUUUAUCAUACAUAUACACACACAUAACUUGACUGACUUCAUAUACGUACUAUACAUAAACGUUAUUCAUAGUUAUGCGUGUCUAUAUAGCCCGAACUAACCGUUUCAUAGAUGCUCUGUCUCCAAGCCUUGUCUACGUAUGCCUUCAAUUAAAGAAAAGAAAAAAAUAUGAAAGAAAAAAAAUGGAUCUAUAUAUAUAUAUAUUAUAUAGUUUGUCCCUUUGAAUUAUAUAUAAGUUUAGUGAAGAAAAUAAAUUAGCUCUCCUUGUAUUUUCUUAUCGAUGCGUGAUUGUACAGUCAUGAUUGAUUAGUUUAAGACAAAUGCCCCUCACUCAUGUAUUUCUCAAACAAGCGCACUCGCCACUGUACUAACUGGAAUGCUUAAUUAUUGAGUUUUUUUUUUUUUUUUUUUCACCAGAUUACUAUUUUUUUUUUUCGUGAGUCUUCCCUCUCCUUAAUAUGCCCGAGUAGUGACAUUUUUGUGAGCGAAAGUAUUAUGGAGGAAAUAUAAAGAUUCGAUGGUAAACAAUGACGAGGGAUGCUUAUUUUUCCUCUCUCUCUCUCUCUCUCUCUCUCUCUCUCUCUCUCUCUCUCUCUCUCUCUCUCUCUCUCUCUCUCUCUGACGUGGUGAUUUGUUGCUUUACGGUCAUAUGUAUGUCCGAACACACACACACACACACACACACACACACACACACACACACACACACACACACACACUUUGUCACACACAAGAAGAAGAGGUAUUCAGUGAUAUGGUUAUUUUUCCCUCUUAGUCUAGAAGGUAGAGCACUCGCUUGAUAAGUGUCUCCAGUGAUAGCAUAUCAACUUUUACGUCUCUCUCUCUCUCUCUCUCUCUCUCUCUCUCUCUCUCUCUCUCUCUCUCUCUCUCUCUCUCUCUCUCUCUCUCUCUCUCUCUCUCUCGUUCUAAUAGCUAGAGCACACACAAUUGAACGCCACCAUACACUGUAUGUUCUUAGCACGACCUCCUCACGCUUGCCAAGGUUGAGUUGCUCUCCUCCCAAGCCUUGCCUGUACGCUGUCACCACCCACCUCCCGCAGGCCAACGAGGCUGAGGCAGUAACAAUAAAAUAUUAACAUGUAUUCACUACAUAAAAAAAUGGUCGUCUAAAUUAUGAUAUUCCUCAAAAAUAGGGAAAAUACAUCAAUAUCACGAGAAAUACUGCGUCCCGGUACUGUAUCGUUCAUGAGUCAAAAAAUAAUUAUGUUCGUUGAGAGAAACUAUUAGUAGAGUAUACUGAAGUAAAUAAUAUAAGUUUAUGUAGUCAUUACUGAGCCAUCUUACAUAGGAUCAAUGUUGUGUUACGUUUAGAUAAACUCUAUAAAAAGUUAUAUAUAUAUAUAUAUAUAUAUAUAUAUAUAUAUAUAUAUAUAUAUAUAUAUAUAUAUAUAUAUAUAUAUAUAUAUAUAUAUAUAUAUAUAUAUAUGCACACACAAAAUAUUGCAUGCCUUAAUUGUUCCUUACAGUCUAUGUUCAGUAUUAUAAAGCAAAUAUAUCUAUAGAAAUAUAUACAUACAGUACUUAGUGUGGUGUGAUUUAGCAUUAAGGAGAGCCUAGUUAGCUUGCUGGAAACAAGUAUAUUUUUGCUGUAUUAGAUUGUAUACUGAAAGAAAGCCACCGAGCUGGGAACUGACCACCCGAGACGGACACCGCUGCCAGUCGGUCGUGGCCCUGUCUGUCUUCAAUCGUCUUAGCUACUGCAGCUGUAGUCAACGUAACCGCUGAAUAUUGCACGGUGUUUAAAAGAAAAUACAUGUCUGUUUUCUUUUAAACAAAUGAGUCAGCAUUUGUACCUACAUAUUAAAGGAGAGUUUUUCAUAUCAAACUACUAAGUAUCUAAGAUUCGACUGUCACGUUGGUCUGCUUCUCGACGGCUCCCAGCUCUCCCUCUCGCGGCCAGAGACCCUCAGGCUGGCUCGCCGCGGUCGAUCCUGACGAAACCACCACUUUUGCCCCAAUGUACUACGUACGCUACCAGCUACCGGAAGUUAGCACUCACGACCAUCCUAUCAGGGAAUACUAGUUUGGCUCUUAAGGUCGGUUAAAAUGAGUACAUUCUACGGACUAAUAAAUUUUAGAAGAAAACUUGCAGGUCUUUUUUUUCACUCACGUUGGUUUCGUUGGAGAUAAGUGUAUUAUAUUUCGACAGAAUUUGUACUCCACAGCCUGCAUUUGUACGUAUUACCGUAUUGAAAAACCGCGAGAAACAAAAUACUAAGUGUUGCUUAAAUAUUCUGUAAAACUUCUUACCUUCCCUCAGUAACACAACUUCUCUCAAUAAAAAAGCAAAGUAGAAAAAUUAAUGCCUACGCCGUUUUGCCUCUUUGGAUAUCCACACAACAUUUACACGUUAUACAAGUUACCUCAAAUAGCUAGUAGCAGUGGGAAACGCUGAGCAGCACAACUUGUCAUAAUAACCAGGGACAAGAUAGUCACUUCUCUUUGCCAGCAUACGAUUAGAGAACCUUGGCUAGGUCGCCCCAGGACACCACCACCAGAAGGACGGACACGUUGACCACAGAGUCUCAAUAGGUACCACUGUAGUCCCUCAUCAGACUGUAUGGCAAAAUAAACCAACUUUCUGCUCCGCCAA